AAUUAUCAUAUAUUUUUAGUUUUUUACUACUAUUAAAAUUUUGAAAUUUUCGAAAUUUUAAUAUAUAAAAUUUCGAAAUUUUUUUGAAUUUUUUGAAAUUUAAUAUAAAAUUAAUUUUUAAAUAUAUUCUUUAAAUAAUUUAAAUAUAUAUUUACUUUUUUAAAUAUAUUAUAUUUUUUUAAAACAUUUAUUAUUUUCGAAAUUUUUGAAAUUCUAAUAUAUAAAAUUUCAAAAUUUUUUGAAAUUUUCGAAAUUUAAUAUAUUAUUAUUUUUUUAAUAUCAAAAAAUAUAUAUUAAAAUGUCGAGAGAGUCCGGUAGAAGGUCCGUGGAUAUGGGCGCUGUGAACCGAAGUUUGAGGAAAGGCAAACGCGGUUCUCGAGGAAGACACUCCGUCUCUUCCUUUCCUAAUAUCCCCGAUCAAUUCAUCGAGGACGGUAUGACGGAUGAAGAAUUCGACCAGAUUUAUCCUGGUAGAGGGGGACGCGAAUCUCCCCACUCUUGAUAGUCUAUUCGAGGAUGUUGAUGAAGCAGGACUGAGUAAUAUGGACGGGGACGAGGAGCCUACACCGUAUAGCAACGACGUCGACGUGGAGGUAGGUGAGCCCGAGACCUCUCGAGGUCCAGACAAAGAAGAAACAACACCUCCUCCACCCCCAAAAUCAAAAAAAGAUUUUAAAGGAAUAGUCGGUGGGCUUCUUGCAAAGAAAGGGAAGCGUGCUCAGCCUUCUGGAAGUUCAAGUGGUACAAUAACAACUCUCGCCGCUCAUGGAGGAGGUGGCGGUCUCCCUUUCUUCCCAACUCGAAAAUUUUACCAAUUCCGAAUUCUUCCUUCUCCUUUUCUCAACCUUCCUCGGCAUCUCCGCUGCUCUGCAGUGUCGAAACGCCUUCUCCUGCGUCCUCUCCGUCUCGGCCGAUCUGAACGAUGGAACUCCAAUGCUGAAACUUUCAAAACCCGGAAUUUCAGCUUUAAUGGAGAAGAAGAAUACGAAGGAGAAGACUGUUUCUUGGACAUCCUCGAUGAGUUUAUCGACAGUAUUUGGGUUUUGAAGGUUUUCAAGCCAUAUUGUUGGGCUCUUCCUCCAAUUAUUUUGUCAUUACUGCUAGCAAAUGGUCUUAUAGCUUUUGUUAUAACCUUGGCUCUUCUAGUUGGGCAAUCAGUGUUAGUCUUUGCCCUCCAAAAAUUGUGGGGAGUGACACAAACUAAUCUAGGGCUCAAGAGCAAGGAAAGACCCCGAAGCCGUACUCCAAUAAACAGUAACAUGGGUGGAAGAAGGCAAAACCCAAACACUAGAAAGAGAAAAAUGGGUCAUCGAUUGUGGACACCGAAAGCUGAUGUCUUUGUUGGUAGGUUUGAUGAAGAUGCACCUACUUUUGGUGGUUGGGAUGAACUUUAAUAAGUUGGAAUCAUCAAUUUGUUCGCCACCAAAGACACUAGUAGAGAAAGGCAAUUUGAGUAAGAGUGAGAGGGAAAACACUACUGCGUUGCUGCUAAGGUUGUUUGUUUCCACUUCUCCAUUCUUGAGCUCAAGAUCUAAGAGGCUAUAGUAUUAAACUGGCCAGUUCUUAACAGUGUCAGUUGCUGUGUUCUGGUUACCGGUCUUUGAAUAGUCUGCGGGUUCCAUUGUGAGGAGAGGUGAAGAAGCUUGCAUUGGCGGCAUUGCCAUUCAACUUUGGCCUGAACAGUUCCUCCACACAUUAGAAUAACUGAAAGAAAAACAAUCACACUAAUGCAUAUAUUAGAUCACGAUUGCAUCCACUUGAACUGUCUCUGUAUAAAGCUUCUACACCUUGGUGUCAUUCCAAUAUAUUCAGCCCAAAAGCCAUACAGGCAAUAGGUGUCCCUUUUUUCCCCAGUUUGUGUGGCAAGCUAGGCAGCCUGAACACAGUGAAAAGAUGGUGGAAGUAAUGGGGUAAAGGCAACCAGAGGUUACUGAACCUCUGUAGUAAACUUGCAGGAGAUGA